AUGCCAGCGCAAACAGUGCAUGUCAUUGUAUUGGGCGAUGUAACGCGAUCACCAAGAAUAUUAAGCCAAGCUUGCUUUCUGGCCAACGAAGGAUGUUUCGUUACCGUUUCUGGAUACAAUGCUUCUCUCAGCGUGGCUGCGAAGACGAAAAACAUGAAGGCCCUGGAUCUUAUCGACAUUCCAAAUCUUAGGAAAUACAUGUUGGUCUCCACUCUUGCCCUAUUAGUAAAGGUAAUUCUAGUCCAAAAUCCUCCGGCGGUACCGACUCUGCUGGUUUUGUGGAUGUUCAUUCGACUCACUGGAAGAAAAUUAGUAAUUGAUUGGCAUAAUUAUGGUUUCACCCUGCUGGAACUGACCACAAAACCUGGGACAUUACUGCCUCGCAUUUACCGAAUGUUAGAGCUGACUUUCGCUUCCUUCUUUCUGAGUUCUGACGUGGUGCAUUUAUGUGUCUCACGUGCACUCAAAAAAGAUUUGUCACAGUGGAAUAUUGAAGCUCAUGUGUACUACGAUCGCGCCCCUGAUGACUUUACUGCAACGCCGGUGGAUGCGGCUCACGAAGUAUUUAUGAGGCUCAAAAGUGAAUAUCCAUCCCUUGGUGAUCAAUCCGGUUCGUCCAGGAAAACACGGUUUACGGAAAUCACUACUCUCCCUACGGAUUGUGGAGGACAAGUUGCUCAGUGGCGUAUUGAUCGACCCGCUCUGGUACUGAGCAGUUGCAGUUAUACUCCUGAUGAUGAUUUCCGCAUAAUGAUUGAAGCACUGGAAACAUAUAAUCAAUUGGCCACCCAACCCGACUCCAAACUGCCACACAUGGUUUUUGUGGUGACUGGUCGGGGUCCGUUGAAAGCUCAUUACGAGCAGCUGAUCCGAGAAAAAAAUUGGGAUCAUGUUGAAGUGAUUAUGCCGUGGCUAACGACAGAAGACUAUCCAAUUUUCCUUGGUUGCGCCGAUCUGGGAAUCAGUUUACAUCGCAGUUCAUCCGGGUUGGACUUACCAAUGAAAGUUGUAGAUCUUAUGGGAGUUGGCGUACCAGUGCUCGCACUAUCCUACGAGACCCUUCACGAACUUCUGCCGGAUCACACUUUUGGUGAACAUUUUCAUACAGCUGAUGAACUGGCGAACCAACUUCGCGAAUUGCUGAAGCCUAGUCAACCCAAGUCAAGUCGGAGACCCCGCUCGGUGGAUCGUUUUGACGCGGUCGGAUCUGCGAAACUGCGUGCAUAUCGUGAUGUAUUGGUUAAACACAACCGUACAACACUUCGUGGUUUGAAGUACUGGCGUAAAGUCGGUGCACCACCGGUCUAUCGUGCUUUAAACGCGUGCUCAUGA